GAAACGAAAAACGAAGCCGAAACCCGAGUAAUAACACAUUGAAACUCUUCAAAGGUUACACUUGGAAAUCUGAAUAGGGUGGAGAGGGUGAGGGCUUAUUAGGUGACUGGUCCCUCCGCUAAGUCUCGUUUUAUGCAUGAUAAGCCAUGUGACUUGUCAACUGCACCCAGCUCUCAACUUAUUCAGCUAGAUAUGGAUGUUCAACAGCUGUUUACAAAUCUCAAGAAGGAAGCCGAGUGUCCGCUGUGUCUAGAAACAGUCAAAGAUCCCAAGACACUGCCAUGUCUACACUCAUUCUGUCUGCAGUGUAUCGACAAGCACGCAGGAUAUGCAAAGAGAAAGUUAGAAACGACGAUCAAAUGUCCAGUUUGUCAAGCUUGCUUUCAGAUCCCCGAAGGAGACACGUUUGGCAGCCUUCCCACAUCUUUUCAUCUCAACCGAUUGGUGGAUCUCCUUGCUCUGAGAGGUGGCAGCCAAGAGGCUCAGAGAUGCAGUAGUUGUGAAGAAAACAACACGGCAACUUGCUACUGCUUUGUUUGCCAGAACUUUCUUUGCAAGGAUUGUUUUGAUGCUCAUCAGCGCCUGAGGGCCACGAGAGGUCAUCGCAAUGUUUUGAUCGAAAACUUGCAAGCGCAAGAUGUGGAGGACUUGAUGCACAGACCCGCCAUGUGUGCAAAGAAAUAUCACGAGAAUGAACCGCUUGAUUAUUAUUGUCGAGACUGUAGCGUUUGUAUUUGCCACAAGUGCAGCAUAGUAAGUCAUAAUCGACAUACUUUAGUAGACUUACAGGAGGCUGCCGAAGAACAAAAGAUGCAAAUGACGCAAGUCUUUGCCAGAGUUAAGGAAAAACUUGUUACUGUGGAGUCAAAGAUAUCGGAGAAAACUGAACUGAUGAAACAAAGCGAAGAAGAAAUCUGCGCCGCUGAAAAGAAGGUUACGAAAACUGUGCAAGAAAUUAUUCGAAUUGCGAAGGAACAUGAAACGGCUGUAAAAACUAAGCUGGCAGAAAUUAGAGUCACGCAACAAAGAAUAUACGCAGCAAAAAUAGGAAGUGAUCAGUUACUUGCGGCUCAGCUAAAGAGUUCUGUCGAAUGUGGCGAAGGUAUCGUACAACGAAGCAUCGGUCCUGAAAUUUUGCAAGCAGGACAUGCUGUGCUUGGUCGAUGCGAGGAACUUUUAACCACACAGGAUAUUGAAGUAUGUAAACCUCAACAUGUAGUCUAUUGUGUAAAUUUGGAAGCUAUGAAUACUGUCAGAGGCUUGGUUCCGGGUCAAGUAUUCGAGACUAACACGGAUCCUUCACAGUCAUCGGCAGAAGGAAGAGGUUUAAUCGAGGCUGAAGCAGGCACUGAAACAAGCUUUACAGUAACAACUCGAGAUUCAAAGGGAAGUCAAUGUUAUGAUGAACAAGACCAACUGACUGUAAUAGUCCGCUCUCAAAAAGGAGAAGAGGAGGAAACCAAAAUUGAUGACUGUAAGAAUGGAACCUACGUAGCGCGUUACAAGCCAAAAAGUGUUGGCUUACGUGACAUUUGCGUUAAGGUGAAUGGCCAACCGCUGACUGGUAGUCCCUGGAGAGUUCAGGUGACUGGUCAUCAAUACAAAGUUAUUCAUUCAAUUGGAUCACAUGGGAAUAGACCGGGACAGUUUAAAGGACCAGUUAGCAUUGCAGUGAAUAAAAGAAACGGAAAGAUUACCAUAGCGGAUUUUAAUAAUCACAGAGUUCAGUUGUUUGAUCAUGAGUGGAAAUAUCUGAGAACAAUAGGAGACAAAGGGCUUGAUGCUGAGAGAAUCAAGUUUCCUCGAUCAGUGGGAUUUACAACAUCUGAUGAAGUCAUUGUCAUU